UGAUGACUCUCAGAUCCUGGAAGAAAUAUUUUUAGGUAUUUAUUUUUUAUUUACAUCUCAUGAUAACAAGGAGCUGUAGACUAUUGAAAAUAUGAGAGUUUGGAAUCAUACAGGGGUCAAGGAAUUCAUGCUCCUUGGCUUAACAGAAAACCCUAAUUGUCAGGUUCCUCUCUUUUUGCUUUUCAGUAUAGUGUAUCUCAUCAUACUUGUGGGUAAUUGGGGGAUGAUUAUCUUGAUCUGGCUGAAUGCCCACCUUCAUACACCAAUGUACUUCUUCCUUAGUAACCUCUCUUUCUGUGACAUCUGCUACUCUACUGUCAUUGCUCCUAAAAUGCUCAUCGAUUUUCUCUCAGAACACAAGUCUAGCACAUUCUUUGGCUGUGUUCUUCAGAGUUUCUUUUUUGCAGUAUACAUAACUACAGAAGGUAUUCUUCUGUCUAUGAUGGCUUAUGACCGUUAUGUGGCAAUCGCAAACCCCUUAAUGUAUACAGUUAUUAUGACCCACAGAAUCUGCAGUCAGAUGGUUCUUGCAUGUUACUUGGGUGGCCUCAUUAAUUCCCUGACUCACACAAUAGGUUUACUCAGACUGGACUUUUGUGGUCCCAACAUAGUGAAUCACUUCUUCUGUGACAUCCCUCCUCUUUUGAAGCUUGCGUGCUCUGAUGCACACAACAAUGAGAUGCUGCUUUUGGUCUUCUCUGGAGUGAUUGCUAUUUUCACUUUCAUCAUUGUCAUGGUGUCCUAUAUCCAUAUUAUCAUUGCCAUCCUGAGAAUCCGCUCAGCUGAGGGAAGGCGCAAAGCCUUCUCCACUUGUGCUUCACACCUGACAGCUGUGAUAUUAUUUUAUGGUUCUGUGACAUUUAGUUAUAUCCAGCCCAGCUCUCAGUACUCCAUGGAACAGGAAAAAGUCUCUGCUGUGUUUUACACCUUAGUCAUUCCCAUGCUAAAUCCUCUAAUUUACAGUCUGAGGAACAAAGAUGUGAAAGAAGCAGCCAAGAAGUUCAUUGGUAGGGAGAGGAGAACCUCUUGAAUAUGUCACUUCUCUGACUUAGAAAGCUUGGUGUGAAUCUUCAAAGUAGUAUUUUUAAAAUUUAUUUAUCUUUUAUAAA